AUGUUCAGUAUCCCUGGGAGAGCUAGGCCGAUCAUACUGCUGAAGAGAUGUAUCCCUCCUGCUUUGACAAAAGAGGUAAGCUGUCUUCUCGAAAUGACGAUUGGAGACGAGGUCACAAAGACAACAAAAUCACCAUGGGCCACAUAUACUACCCCAUUUAAGAAGGACAAAGGUCUUCGUCUGUCAAUCGACUUCAGGAAGCUGAUGGAUGCACCAGAAUAUAUGAUUCGUUAG